AUGCAAACCACCACCACCUUCUUCCACCAUUAUUGCCAAAACCACCACCAUCCACCAUCAUUUUUGUUCCUUUCAUGGAGGAGAGGGGGGCCUCCCUCCACUUCCCAUGUCUCCGGUGACCACCUCCCUAAUUCCACCCACAAAUACCACAGCAUUCCCGCCACCAACAACUUCCAAGACGCUCCUCCGGGGACUUACGUUGUCCAAGUCCCUAAAGAUCGAAUUUACAGAACCCCACCACCAGAAAACGCUUUGAUCGUGGAACGUUAUCGUAACUCUCCUGCUAAGAAACAAUCUAACUGUGUUAAAUAUCUGUUGAUUUCCAUCGCUAUCAUAGUGCUCCUUCUAGGAUUCAUAGGUGGGAUUAUGUUAGUGGUGAUCAAGGAAAGAUGA